AUUCUAUAAUUCUACCUGUUCGAUCUUGGAGUACUUAAGUAGAGUCAAGACCAAUGUUUUCAUCCUUGCGGCAUUUAUCCUAAAUGUACGCAGCAAAACUGAUGUUUGCCGCGCAAAACUUGAAUUUGAUUAAGUUAUUGUGAUUUAGAAAAAAUAGGUUUUCGGUCGUAAACUUAUAAAGGCAAACAUACUACGGGCUUCUCAGAGUACUAGUAAUUUUCUUGUGGGUUGUUGACAUCUCAAAUAGAAUGCACGUGAGAUUGCUCAUCGCCGCGCACGUAUUGGGUGUCGUGCACAUGGCCCAUGGACACGGGUACAUGAUCGACCCACCGGCAAGGGCCAGCGCAUGGAGGGAGUUUCCGGGCCUCCCUAAAAACUUCGACGACAACGCCAUACGAUGCGGCGGGACCAUGAUACCGGCGGACGGUCACGGGCGCUGCGGUGUGUGCGGGGACCCGUUGGGAAUGCCGCAAGACAACGAGGCGGGGGGAAGGUUUGCCACGGGAUUAAUCGUCCGCCAUUACAAGAUGGGUCAAACAGUUACGAUGAAGGCGAUACUAACUGCCAACCAUUGGGGUUGGUUCGAGUUCAGGAUCUGUCCCAACAAUGACGUCAGAAAGCCUGCCACCAUCGAGUGCCUCGACAAACACGUUCUUCAACGCGCAGACGGUCUAGGCUCAAGGAUUAAUAUCACCACCAUGCAAACGGGGCAGUACACAGCCGACUACAAGCUUCCAUUCGGAAUGGUCUGUUCUCAGUGUGUCGUGCAGUGGCGCUACCACACAGGCAACAGCUGGGGUGUCGACCCGAACGGCAAAGCGUGUGUAGGAUGCGGACAACAGGAGGAGUUUCGCGGCUGUGCAGACGUCAGCAUCGAUGGCGCUGGGCUUCCGGUGGUACCGACAGAGCCCUCCGUACCGACUCUUCCGCCACAGACCUACAAGCCCGUGCCACAAACCCUGCCGCCUGUGACGACGAGGACGACCCUAACCUCAAAGCCACCUGUCAUCACACCAGGCCCAACGUUGCCGCGCACGGGAUGCCAUGCAAUAAACCUCUGGUCCGGUGAUUCGGAAAUGGACAAAUGGUGUGUAGACAACUGUGCCAUCGGCAAAUGCCCUGCUUUCGGCUGUUCCUGUGGAAACUCCGUUUCCGCCGAAACACCACAGCCGACGACGACAAGUUCAACCACACCGACAACAACAACGACAACUACGAUGACACCACGACCAACAACAACUUCUACAACGACUUUGCCCACCACUCAAUCGACCACGCCCAGCACAAUAGCGACUACGCCCCAGCCCAACCCUCCUCAGACCACGUAUAUCACCAAGGUCGUAUGCAAGGCCAUCAACUUGUGGGCUGGCAACGAAUACCUGGACAGAUGGUGCGCUGACUCAUGCGCGCGUGGAAACUGUGCGCCAGAUUCAUGCAAGUGCUCUGAGGUGCAGCAGGUUAUAACGCUCACCACGACCCAGAUCUACACGCCCAUGGCUACCGAGCCGCCAAGCGCCGGAACUUCCUCCCCGUCGGUGCAGUACACCAGAGUGUGCAAAGCUAUUAGUUUGUGGAAGGAUAUUGUUGUUUUCGACAUAUGGUGUAAUGAAAAUUGUAACAACAAGACAGCAAUCUGCCCGACUGAAACAUGCGACUGUUCGGACACACCGCUGUUCCCGAUGACACGGUCGGCAUCCACGCAGAUGCCAACUACAAAGGCGACAACAACACCAAUGCCGACGACACCGGCGACCGGAUGUUGGGCUAACAGUGUGAUGAGUGGCGAAGGUUCCUAUUGGAACACGUGGUGCCAAGACACGUGCGACAGGGGCCACUGUUCCGUCGAUGUCUGCAUCUGCCACUUCAAGUGAAAAGUGACCUUCCGGCAGAUGCUGGGAGAUGGAUUUGUCUACAACAACGAACUAUCUAUCUUUGUCUUAAGACUGUUUGAGUAUGUAAAUUUUUGUUGAAUUAUGAUAAUGAUGUUCAUUCGGUUAUGUUGUCUUUUGCGUACUUGUUGUAGUUCUUGUAUUUUAAGUAACAUACACUUCUUUAUACAACAGAUGUGUACUGUGUUUAUUAUACCAUGUGCCUUUAAAACUACAAAAAGAUGUUUUAUAUACCUUGAACAAUAUUGUGUAGGGACAUGAUAUACUAUUUUAUUUUUAUCUUAUGUUGCUAUAUAUCCUUUUAAACAUACAAAUGUUCAUCUGUUCAAACACAGCAUCGAUACCAACUAACCGCGUUUGUUAAAAAAAUGACUAUGACAUGUAUACAUUUUAUUUUGAUUGCAAUAUUAAAAUGUAAGAAGCAAAACUCA